GACCGGAGUAAAGAUGGCGGACGUAUCGGGGAGCGAGCUGUCAGAGGAGAAAGAAGCAGAAAUUGAGCUGAAAAAAAGACAGAAACGACCCUGGGACGAGUUGCACAAGUCCGGUAAAAUCGGCAUAACACCGGACCUACCGGAAACGUUGGGAUUUUACGAUAUAAGCGCUGUCAGAAGGAGGGAGCAACGGGAGGCAGCAGAUCCAUCGUUGACUCGCUUCAUUAGCGCAGAGCUCACCAGAGGCUACUUCCUGGAGCACAAUGAGGCAAAGUACACCGAGCGCAGAGAGAGAGUUUACACAUGCAUGCGCAUUCCCAAGGAGCUGGAAAAGCUGAUGACAUUUGGCUUCUUCCUGUGUGUGGACGCCUUCCUGUACGUGUUCACGCUGCUGCCCCUCAGGGUGCUGCUGGCCGUGCUGCGCCUCCUCACGCUGCCAUGCUGUGGCUUCAGUGGGUCUCGGCUGCUGCAGCCAGCGCAGGUGUGUGACGUGCUGAAGGGGCUGAUCAUGGUGCUGUGCUUCUCCAUGAUGCAUUAUGUGGAUUACUCCAUGAUGUACCACCUGAUCAGAGGACAGUCCGUCAUCAAACUCUACAUCAUCUACAACAUGCUGGAGGUGGCUGACCGCCUCUUCUCGUCCUUCGGUCAGGACAUCCUGGACGCUCUCUACUGGACGGCCACAGAACCCAAGGAACGGAAGAGAGACAGCAUAGGAGUCAUCCCUCACUUCUUCAUGGCCGUCUUUUAUGUCUUUCUGCAUGCCAUCCUCAUCAUGGUCCAAGCUUCCACCCUCAACGUUGCCUUCAACUCCCACAACAAGUCCCUGCUCACCAUCAUGAUGUCCAACAACUUUGUGGAAAUCAAAGGAAGUGUGUUCAAGAAAUUUGAGAAGAACAACUUGUUCCAAAUGUCUAACAGUGAUAUAAAGGAGCGCUUCACCAGCUACGUUCUCCUGCUCAUCGUCUGUCUCAGGAACAUGGAGCAGUUUGCAUGGAACCCAGACCACCUGUGGGUGUUGUUCCCUGAUGUCUUCAUGGUCGUCACCUCUGAGGUUGCCGUGGACAUCAUUAAACACGCUUUCAUCACCAAGUUCAACGACAUCACAGCAGAUGUGUACAGUGAAUACAGAGCCAGCUUGGCCUUCGAUCUCGUCAGCAGUCGACAGAAGAAUGCUUGUACCGACUACAGUGACUCAGUGGCCCGCAGGAUGGGCUUCAUCCCUCUGCCGCUGGCUGUUCUGCUCAUCCGGGUGGUGAUGAGUUCGGUGAAGGUGCAGGGAGCUCUGUCAUACUCAUGUGUGUUCCUCUGUUAUCUCGGGCUGGUGACUCUCAAAGUGUUGAACAGCAUCGUGCUGCUGGGGAAGUCCUGUGUUUACGUCAAGAGAGCCAACAUGGAGGACAAACUGUUUGAGACGCCGGCCCCCCCUCCACCCUCCUCCACCUCUUCCUCCACCUCCGGGAAAACCCCGAGCCGAGCAGAGGCCAGCUGUCCCACUCCUCCAGGUGAAUCCAUGAUGGAGCCGGACCCCGUCACACUCUGCAGCCCGCCUCCAUCUUCCUCCUCCUUCGUGACCACGCAGCCCACCCCCAGGACUGACCUGUUUCCUCCCCCACCUGCUGAUCCCUCCCCUGCUGCUCCACCCCCCCGUCCCCCGACUCCACUCGCUGAACCUGAACCCCCUGCACCCCCGCUCUUCAAAGAAGAGGAGGGGGAGGCGGAGGCAUCGACUGAACUGAAGCACAGGACUCCCAAAAAAGAUCUGCUAGAGAUCGACCGCUUCACCAUCUGUGGGAACCGCAUCGACUGAGGAGCGCUGACGUAGCGACGGACACUCAGGAAGACGGAGCGCAGGGGGCCAACAGCCCGGCGCUCCGGCCAUCAGCAGAGAGGAUUAUUUAUUACCGGAGGGUACAGGAAGUUACUCUGAACAUGAGACAUCCUGCUGCUGUGAAGAGUUGAGAAGUUCGAUAAGAAAACUUCAGCGGAGAGACUGUGGCAGCUCAGGAGGAACCGUCAGGAGUGUGAGGAUGCUUCAGUGUGAGGAGUGUGUGUGCAGGUGUGAGUGUGUGUGAGGAAAAAGUGUGUGUGUGAGCAUGAGAGCACAAGAGCACUUCCUGUCUGAGCAGCACUGAGACCAGAGAGAGAAACGUCUCAGAUCUCUCAGCAAAACAAACUCUUGACAUUUAAAGGAAGCACCUGAAUCAUUCUUCACCCGUCGAGCGCUUCCUCCAUCACCGGACAACAGGUCUACACUUCAGGUGCCAUCGCACAUCAACACACUUAUAGCAGCAGAGCCUUCGUCAUCACACACUGAGGUUCACUGUGUUUGGCCAAAUAUUGGAAAGAGGUUCCUUUUAAUAAUGUACUUCAGCUAAAGGUUCCCAACCUGAGGCCUGUGACCCACACAUGGGGUCAUUACAUAAAUCUGGGGGGUCACGAGGUGAAAAACACCCAAGAAACCAGAAAAGAACACUGAUUUACAGUUUACCAAAUUACUGUUUUUCUUGAAUAACUGCAAAGGUUCCACUUUUUGACCUCAAAUGAAAAAAACAAACAAAUUGCUUUUAAUAAAUGAGUCCUAAACUGUACACACCAUGACGAGUGCUCACUAAAAGAGACAGACAUGUUGUGAAACACAUCCCCGAGCAGUCACACACACUGAUAAUAAUAUAUAUAUUUAUAUCUUAUGUAUAUGAUACUCGCUCUAUUACCCGCUCAGCGCAGAAAUAACUUCCGCAGUCCCACUGAGGUCGUCAGAAUUUGGAGUGACCUUCUACUUCAGACAUGUUUAGAUGCAGUAAUGAGGGUGAGAGCAGAAGCUUUAGGAGGAAGCUUCCUUUACGCAGUCUUCAGAGGAAGUCACUAAAGGAUGAUUCAUUAGAGGAAGGAAGUAGCUGCCGGUUAAUUAGAGAAGUGGCCGACUGCAUUCUUCACAUUGCUUUGAACACAGUCUAUGAGACACGAAAUGAUCUGAAACCAUCCCAUGUUUAGAGGAGACUUCUCACUUGGUCCUGAAGAUUGAUAUUACAUUUACCAGUCAGUCUGACGAGUGUUUGCACUGAUGGACCGUACUGUCUUAAAUACACCGGGUCACGUUUCUCAUUUGACUCUCGAGUAAUGUUUACAUCUCAGAAAAAUAGAAGCAAUAUUUCCCAAACAAAAUGCCUUUUCUUUUUGUUGCAUGUGUGUGUUCCACAUUUUAUUUGCUACGACUGAAACUUUGAUUGCAAUGUAAAAUCUAUAAAUACAACAUGUUAUACAGCAGGUAUAUCUUCCAGCUUUCAUCCGUCAGCCAUGUCUGUAAUCAAAUGCAAAAUAAUGUAGUUUUCUUUACAUUAAAACCGUUUUACAAUUUACUUUGACGCCAUACAUUUCCAGCAGCAGCCAAACGUUUAAUCUGUGUCAAAACUGACUUUUGUAUCUGCUUUAAUAAAUAAUGGUACGUUACAGAGCACCUGGUGUCAUGCCGACUUACCCAGGUUACACUUUGCUGAAGUUGUAGCAGAAUUUUACACAUAACUAUAACAACUCAACAACAAACCACAUGUUAAAUAAUCCUCCGCAGAUCCACUUCUCUUUGAGUAACGUUUUCUUCAAUCCUAAUUUGUUUUCUUUGUUGAAGUUACUUUUGAAGACGCUGUCGUGAUAUAAAGAGCAGAUUUUGCUUCAAGCAGAAAGAAUGUAUAUAAAGAAACACAUGAUGAAGUUCAUUUGGAGAGAAAGGGUUAUAUAAUACCUUUUGUAAUAAGAAGCAUUGUUCUGUUUUUGGAGCUGCAGGUGUGAUGAUAAUAAUAUUCAACUCUCCUCAGAGCGUUGUGUGUUUUGGGGAAACGUCUCCUGGUCCGCUGCCUGCUUUAUUUCUUCUGUUUGGAUCCUUAUUUAAUUCCUACCUCGUUGAAAAAGCCCAAUUUUAAAUUAAUAAAAGUUGGUUUUACAAA